AUGCUAUGGAAAAUAACUUAUCCUGAGGAAAUUUUGGGACUAAUGCAAUUGAGACAUCUCAAACUGCCCGAAUUUUAUCUGCCAAAUCCUCCAAGCGUAUCUGCUGACAAAGGGAGUCAUGUGUGUUUUUCAAACAUACAAACUAUUUCUUCCAUGUCUCCAUGUUGUUGCACGAAGGAGUUUAUUAUGAGGAUUCAAAAUGUCAAAGAAUUAGGACUCAGUGCAUAUCAGAUUGACUCUUCUGAUGGGCCUCUCAACAGUCUUGUCCAUCUGCAGCAACUUGAAACAUUGAGUCUUACAUAUCGUUUUGGAGGAUUUUGGCCAGCAAGUGCAAAAGCUUUUCCAGCAACGCUCAAGAAGCUGAAGUUGGACAAAACUUAUCUAAGUUGGUCGUACUUGGACAUCAUAGCGGAAUUGCCUAACCUUGAGGUGCUGAAGCUGAUGUAUCGUGCUUGUGAUGGCGAAGAAUGGCGUCCAACUGUUAUGGGAUUUAAUCGAUUGAAGCUUUUGUUAAUUGUACAUAAUGAUCUCAAGUACUGGAAAGCCACGAAUGACAAUUUUCCUGUCCUUGAGCGCCUUGUGCUUAAAGAAUGCCAUUAUUUGAAAAAGAUACCCAUUGAGUUUGCAGAAAUCCACUCACUACAACUGAUUGAGUUAAAUUGGUGUCUUCCCGGACUUGAGGAAUCUGCUGCACGAAUUCAAAAAGAACAAGAAGACAUCGGAAACAACCCCGUGGAUAUUCGUAUCUCCGAUCCAUG